CCCAGGUUCUUCCCAGGGGCUGCUGCUUGGGUGGUCGGCAGCUUCCCACUCCUGACUUCCUUCCCUAGCCGAGGCCAGGGGAGAGCAGAGCAGGGAGUUGUAAGAGGGACAGGUUGGGGGGGCAUGAAAGUGUCCCAGAAGUGGGGACCAGGGCUGGGAGUGCCGCAGGGCCUCCUCCCCUCGGCUCCGGUGGGAGCCCAGGGGCCAUCCCAGCCUGGGAACCAGACCUCCUUUCCUCACACUCAGCCCAGUCCAGCCCACAGGCGGAGAGGAAGAGGAGGAGGGGCAGAGAGGGAGUGUGCAGACUGCUGGCAGCAGGGAACCCAAGGCCCAGGGCUGUGGGCAGGGGUUCCCUCCCGCUGGGGGGCACUGCUCCACUUCAGGGGCCCGCCCCUGUAAUCUGACACUUGGAUCUCCUGGACGACCAACAACAAAAAAGCUGAGGCCGAGACAGCAGCUGGCUGUCAGCAGCUCGCUGCUAACACUGAGAGGCGCCAGGGAGCGGCCGCAGGUCAGGAAAGAGGCGAGGUUCUCCCAGGAGGAAGGGAGGAAGGGUGGCAGCCAGGAGGGCUCGCUCUGGGCUCCCCAGCUCUAGCCACCCCAACCCAAACACCUGAGCCCCCAGGAAACCAUCAUGUUCUCUGCGAGUCUGCCUGCUGCCCCACCCACACACUUCCUAGAAGAGCUCCCCCUCCACCUUGCAAGCCAUACACAUCCUGGGAAGGAAGGAUACAAGUGAAAGUCCCCCAAGGUGUCUGGGCACCCCGCGGCAGCACAGUCCGGCAGGAGCCCCAGCUGGAACCCACUGGAACCAGCCCAGCAUGGCGGCCUCCAACUUCGCGCAGGAGAUGCAUGCGGUAGGCGAGAGGCUGCUGUUUAAGCUACAGAGGCUGCCGCAGGCGGAGCCCGUGGAGAUCGUGGCCUUCUCGGCCAUCAUCCUGUUCAUAGCUGCCAUUCUGGUGCUGCUGAUGAUCACCUGUAGCUGCUACUGCUGCGGCGGCUGCUGCCCGGGGCCCCGGGGCAGGAAGAGCCAGGUGCAGCCCAUGGCCCCCCGCUGAGGACAGAGGACCCAGGAGAAGCUGGAGAGGAGCCACCCAGAGUCAGCCCGGCCCUCUGCGAGGAAUGGGAUGUUGCACCCCAGCCCCGCCCCUGUCAGUGGCCACUGGGCGCCGAGGAGGAGCGACCCAGAGGGCAGAAUGCCUACGCCUGGGUGGGCUGGCCCGCCUGCCCACUUGCCAACCCACCUGCCCGCCAACCCGCGGCGAAGAGGAGCAGCAGGAGCGCAGGGCUGGGCGCAGCAGCCGGGGCCCGCGGGGCCUGCCGGGAGGCUCUCAGGCUUCUCCACGGUAUCUGCCUGUUUCUUUCCCAGUAAAAGCU